UGCCCUUCCAACAACUCCCUCCGAGAGGGCAAAGAGUCAACGUCAUCCUUCCUUGUUGUCUCCCACGCGGCAUCUCCUGACCCACUUUGGAUUUGCUGAAUCUCACUCUUUCCCCGCCUUCUCACUCCAAGUUGCUGCUUCAAUUCAAUCCAUCUAAAUCUCUUCACUGUCUUGACUUCUCCUUAAUCAAAUUCGGGACGCCAGGCACAAGGGAUUGGAAUGGAAGCUGCCGAUCCAAUUCUGCGAGUUUUCUGCGUCGGAACCGCCGAUACCAAGCUCGACGAGCUCCAGUUUCUGUCCGACUCCGUCCGCUCCAAUCUCCGCUGCUUCUCCAACAAUGCUCCCUCCUCUCAUAAGGUCGAAGUUGUGGCGGUGGAUGUUUCCGUCGGUCGGAUGGAACCUAAAAUUCCUGACAGUGAUCCGAAUUUCGUAUCCAGAAAUGACGUUCUCGCUUCAUCGGAGCAGGGAUCGACGGUACCACUCCCCGACGACAGAGCUGAAGCUGUCGCGGUGAUGAGUAGAGCGCUUGAAUGCUUCCUGAAGAAGGCGCAAGAAAGUGGUGUACUCACCGGCGCUAUCGGAAUUGGAGGUAGUGGAGGGACCUCUCUUAUAUCCUCUGCGUUUCGCUCGCUUCCGAUUGGAAUGCCUAAGGUGAUUGUGUCUACUGUGGCCAGUGGCCAGACUGGACCGUACAUUGGGACUUCCGAUUUGGUGUUGUUUCCUUCCGUUGUGGAUGUGUGCGGGAUUAACAGUGUGAGUAGGGCGGUCUUAUCCAACGCCGGAGCUGCUUUUGCUGGAAUGGUUGUUGGAAGGCUGGAUAGGGCUGGGAGGUCUUCUGGCGAGAGUUCGAAACCCACUGUUGGGAUGACCAUGUUUGGGGUUACAACUCCAUGUGUAGAUGCUGUUAAGCAAAGGUUGGAAAAAGAAGGUUAUGAGACGUUGGUUUUCCAUGCCACUGGCGUUGGAGGCAUGGCAAUGGAGAAUCUUGUGAGAGAAGGGUUUAUACAGGGCGUUCUGGACAUUACUACUACAGAAGUUGCGGAUUACAUAGUUGGGGGUGUUAUGGCAUGUGAUAGUUCCCGUUUUGAUGUCAUGAUAGAGAAGAAGAUUCCUUUAGUCUUGAGUGUAGGAGCCUUGGACAUGGUUAAUUUCGGAGCAAAGGAUACUAUACCUUCUCAUUUCCAACAAAGGAAAAUUCACGUUCAUAACGAACAGGUUUCGUUGAUCAGAACAACAGCAGAUGAAAAUAAAAAAUUUGCUGCAUUCAUUGCCGAUAAACUCAAUAAAUCACCAGCCAAGAUCCGUGUUUGUCUGCCAGAAAAGGGCGUCUCAGCUUUGGACUCUCAUGGGAAGCCCUUUUAUGAUCCAGAUGCAACUUCAACUUUACUGAAUGAACUACAACAUCUGAUCCAGAAGACUGAGGAUAGGCAGGUGAUGGUGUUUCCUUAUAAUAUCAAUGAUCCUGAGUUUGCCAAUGUCCUGGUUAAUGCAUUUCUGGAGAUCAGUGCAAAACAUCCCCUGGAUCCAAAUCCUCCAGAAGCUACAGCAUCCAAACCUUCCGAGGAUCAAAGCAACAGGAGUGUAGAAGAAUCAUCAAGAUGUGCAACCAUCCCAUACAGCCCAAGCAACUACCCUGAUGCUAGACCAGAGACGUUGCAAAAGACCAGCACAAUAUUACAGCAAUUGAGAGGUCAAAUCGAUCAAGGAUUCCCUAUAAUUGGGGCUGGUGCAGGAACAGGGAUAUCUGCCAAGUUUGAGGAAGCUGGUGGUGUUGACCUCAUAGUCUUGUACAACUCGGGCCGCUUUCGAAUGGCAGGAAGGGGUUCUUUGGCAGGCUUGUUACCGUUUGCUGAUGCAAAUGCCAUUGUGAUGGAAAUGGCAAAUGAAGUUUUACCAGUAGUUACAAGAGUACCAGUGCUUGCUGGAGUGUGUGGAACUGAUCCCUUCCGGAGAAUGGAUUACUUCCUGAAGGGGCUGGAAUCCAUCGGAUUCAAUGGGGUGCAAAAUUUCCCAACUGUUGGCCUGUUUGAUGGCAACUUUAGACAAAAUCUGGAAGAGACGGGAAUGGGAUAUAGCCUUGAGGUCAAGAUGAUUGGAAAGGCCCAUAAAAUGGGUCUCUUGACAACACCAUACGCUUUCAACCCGAAUGAAUCCACUGCCAUGGCAAAAGCUGGUGCUGACAUCAUUGUCGCUCAUAUGGGACUAACGACUUCCGGGUCCAUCGGUGCCAAAACCGCCAUCUCACUCGAGGAAAGUGUAGAUCGUGUUCAAGCUAUUGCAGAUGCUGCUCACUACAUCAACCCUGCUGUUAUUGUGCUCUGCCAUGGAGGCCCAGUAUCUGGACCCAAGGAAGCAGAGUUUGUGCUUAAGAGGACUAAUGGAGUCCAUGGGUUCUAUGGCGCAUCGAGCAUGGAGAGGCUCCCUGUUGAACAAGCUAUAACGAGCACAAUGCGGCAGUAUAAAUCGAUUGCCAUAAAAAAGUAAAAGCAUCCAGUGUCACCUGCUGUUUCGAGUAACCUUUGCUCCUUUCUCUAAUGGUUUUACACUUUUACUGAAUAAGAACUGCAAAUGAACUGCGGCUUUUGCUCGUGUGCUGUUUGUGCAUAUUUUUUUUAGCUGAAAACUGAUGAACUUACAUCACACAAUAAAACACAGGUGUUUUGUAACUGACAUUGUUUUGGAUGCUUUGUUGUUUGUACAUAUGUCUAGCUUAUGCUUCAUUUCUUGCGGUUUCAAAGGGCCUUUAAGGUUAUAGGACAACCGCUCCUGAGUCUUGGAAUAUGGGACUUCUUCUCCAGGCUGAGAUCCAAAUCAUCCAUGGUCCACCUGAAACACAUCACAUCGAGUUCCCAGAACAGGAAAUCAGGUAAAUCUUUCACAUAGAAUUCCCAGAUCUUGACCAGUUAGGGUGCUACUCACUUGUACCCGCCGGCUAAGCGAUGGAGGAACACCAUGAGUGUCACCUUGGCCAUGUUCAUUCCCAAACAUGUUCGAGGUCCUGACCCGAAUGGUAUGAAACUGUAUGACUUCUGCAUUUCCUGCUCGCACACGAUAUACAGGUUUCGAGUUGGUGGGAUAUGAAAUAUAGCAGCCUGAAUCGCUACUAGAGGAGGGUAGAACUAGAAUUAGAGAGAUCAUCAUUAUUUACUUCAAAUCUGGAAGGGUUGAACUGCAGAGGAUCCUUGUACAAAACUGGGUCGUAAUGAAUGCAUGUCGCGUCUAUGUUUACAUGCCAUCCUUUCUUGAUCUCAAUUCCUGAAGAAGAUCAAACCAAGACACCAUGAGAGACAGAGAGAGAUGGAGAAAGAGUUUCUAUUACGGUAAUCGAGCGGGAAAAACUUGCCAUCGACUGUGCAGUCAUUCAGAGCAACCCUGGGAAACCACAGCAGGACAUUUGACAUUCUCAGCGUCUCUUUCACGACCUGGCUGAGGACAUAGUCAUCUGCUUUCUUCCUGGUGAUAGCCAACUGUUCUUCCUGUAACAACAAUCGACAUACAAACGUUCAAGAAGACUGUUCUUAUCAAAAUUUCCACGAAAGAAGGAACAGGAACUUGACACUCCACAUCAUGGCAGCAGCAGUUGUUGUCUGCCCUGCAAUUAUCAGCGUCAGCAGAUUAUCCAUUAUCUCCGCAUCCUCCAGCUUUUCGGUAGACGGGUAAGAAUCCUUGGCCAACAUGGAUUGCAAGAAAUCUUCAUGACUCUCCACUCCACUCCGUCUCCUCUCAAUCAUCCCGCUGAAUCUCUCCAUCACCCUUUCUCUCGCCUGUUUUCUCCUCCCACAAGCCAGUUUCAGGUUCUUUCCCAAACAUUGCAGGACAAUAAAUCUUCUGUAAAGCACAUUACCUUGAUUCCUCUAUAGUAUCUGCUUCCUGGAAUCAUGACUGGUAGAGACAACAUCGCUUCCGAAACAGCAGUACAAUCCUUCUCAAUCUCUCGCAGCAAGGAUUCCUCCGUAACGCUCAUCAGCAUGCUACACAUCGCAUCAAAAGUCAUCUGCCAAAUAGACCGAAAGAGAAAGAGCUCCAAAUUGUCAAUGUUUCAGAACUCCAACUAAAUUCAGUUUGAUGUAUGGUGUGGUUCGGAUUGCAGACGACCUGCAUACUGAACUCGAGGACCUUGAAGCUGUCCCCAUUUCGCGCCAGCCUCGCGAGCCUCUGGGAGAGCAGCUGGUCGAACUUGACGACGAAGGUGGCGAGGGAAGGCAUGGAGAAAGGGUCGGAGAGCAGGCGCCUGAUCCUCUUGUGGCUCUCGUGAGGAACAGAGAGCAAGCUCUUUGGUCCUACGCAGUCGGCCAUGGAUUUCACGUAACCUUUGUUGAAGUAGGAGAAGUCGUUGGUGAAUAUCUUCCUGGCUCCCUCUGUCGUCGGGACGAACACGUGGAUCUUCCCGAACAGCCUCGUCUUGAACCACUUCCCAUACCUGUUUUGUUUCACAACCAAAAAAACAGCAUCAGAAUGAAAGUUUUCAGAAAGACUGAAUAAUAUCCAGGGAGAAUCGGUCAACGAGCUCACCUUGACCGUCUGAGGUUGACAAACUCGUAACACCCCUUGAAGCUGUUGGUGGCCGACAGGAAGGCCAAGGUUUCGCCGAUGAACGGCAGACCGAGGCGGCCUGGGACGUCGAUACUCCGGGCGCCGCCUUUGCUCCAGGAUUUUGACACGAGGAAAGUUGCAGCUACGGCUAGGAAAGCUGCAAUCAGGAGGUCGUAGUUGUUCUUCAAAAGGGUAACGAUCUCUUCAUUGUGCUUCCAAAGCUCUGCCACUGCUGCUACCACCAUCUUGCCCUGUUACUCAAUGGUUCAAUUCUGCGGGUUGCUGUUAAGAAGACGAAGGAAGCGAGGAGGAGAAGGAGAAGCAGAUGCCGUCCGGAGAGUGUAGACAACAAGGCGUUACCAUAUUUUAUUUGUGCGGAAAGGAUCUUCUGAGGGGAAAGACGGCAAUAUUCAGGUUCUACUACUUGACAAAUGACAAGCAUGCCCGGUACUUGUUUAAUGUGGAAGUGCCACGGAGACAGCAACUCUUGACAGUUACCUUUACGAAAGAAUAAUUGGUCACAGAUUAUAUUAAGAGCACAAUUUCGGAAACGGUCACUCAACUUUAGGAGCACUUACAAAUUGGUUAUCGGGCUUUGAAUUUUAGCAUAAGAUUGCAAUGGAAUGAUUUAACAUGGUCGCCUCUCACUAUCCAACUUCAUAU